GUUUCCUACAACAUUCACUAUUACUAUUAAAUAAUGCCAUGUGAUUUUGUCUGAAAUUCGUUGUUUAAAAGCAAAUAUGUUAAUGUUCUUAUAAACAUGCUUUAAUGUUUCAAACCCAAUUUUAACCCAACUUAAUUUGUUGCAAACCCAAUUUUAACCCAAAUUAAUUCUUGAAUGCGAAGUUUACAAACACUCACCCUAAUUAAACUGCUAAAUACUAAAUGACAGUACAAUAAUUUCUUGAUCUUAAAUUGUGAAAUAGGAAUUAUUACAAGUUAUUUAGUAUAUUUUACAUACGUGACUAUCACUUAAUAUUUUAUUUUAAUAAAGUUUAUGUACCUUUAUCUUAAAUUUUUAGGAAAUUGUUUUGUUGACACUCACAUGUCCGAUACAAAUACUUGAACCUAUAAUUUACGUAACACAGUUUGUCUCCUUUUGCUAAUUAUUAUAUCAUUGGGCAUCAUGGGAAGACCUGCUUUUUAUUUUAUUUUUAAAAAUUGUACAUGAGUGAGGGCUUACCACUGAUGUGGAACUUGGGAAGCCAGCAGGAAGGGUGCUGGGUGGGUGCAUUGUAUGGUCUGAACCCACACACUUAUUGCACGUGCCAUGGACUCAUAUAGCUUUAUCAAGUGAGCGGUAUCUAGAGGACAGUAGGACAUUUGUUUAGUUGUAGAGUAUAUGCACUUCUUGUGCAAAAGAAUAGUUGAAAGAUGCCUAGUGCCCUGUCUUCGACAUCAGAUUUGGUGUUAUCCCUCUGGUUAUGGGGUUGAUGCCGUAAUUGUUCAUGAAGAUCUGAUUUCACCUAACAUGUUAUCAGAAUGUGUCCCAAGUUUCUAUUGACUAGUAUUUAAGUUUCAUUAUUCUUUGUUAAAUACAAUUUUCAUGCUAGAAAAUUUUAUCCAAUAUCUUAUAGCCAUAUAUCUAUUACUUGCAAUUGAGUGUGCAGAUUCUACAAAACAUUUUCUCAACCGUGAAAAACCACAUUGGAACAAUAUGCAUAGUGCUUUUAUACGGCUUCAAUUACAAAGGUCCAGAGCAGACAAAGUAGAAGAUAAGCUAAAAGAAGAGCAAGAAAAGCAACAGAUUUCUUCCAAAUCUACAGUUAAGAAGGCGGAUGGAAAUUAUGGGAUUAGCAAAUAUAGCUCUGAUGAUGAAGAUACCUCUGAUAGUAAAUGGAAGUUAGAGUUGGCUUGGCUCUCCAAGACACUUGAACCAGCUCUGCAAUUUUGUAGGUGGGCUCUGCCAACAGGAUACGAAAUUGGAAAGAAACCCCCACCAAGCCAUCGAUCCCUUACAGAAAUAAUUGCAUGCAUCAAAAGGAGCAAGCUUGGAAUCCAGGAUUGGAGCUUGAGUGACCUUACAAUUGGCUUGUAUCUGAUAUAUCUUCGUCAAGCUUCUACUCAUCCAUUUGAAGAUAUCAAAGGCAUUCAGAUAUUGUCAGAAUCAAUUGUUCAAGAUCUCAUAUAUCAUAUUGAGUUGGCUAAAGGCGCUUAUAAGGAUAGUCCUGUUGUUCUUUCAAGGAGCAGCAUGCUAAGAGAAAGUAAUGUCAAGAAAUUUGUUAAGAAUUCCAGUGUAAUGAGGCCUGCAUAUUAUAUUGGAAUUGAUAUGCGUAAAAAGCUUGUAAUUUUAGGCAUAAGGGGAACACAUACUUUUUAUGACCUUAUCACUGAUAUACUUUCCUCAAGUGAUGGUGAAGUCACCUUUGAAGGCUAUUCAACCCACUUUGGAAUUGCUGAAUCUGCACGUUGGUUUCUCCAUCAUGAGAUUGAAAUCAUAAGAAAAUGCUUGGAGAAACAUGAGGGAUUUAAGUUAAGACUCGUGGGUCAUUCUCUAGGAGGGGCUAUAGCUUCUUUGUUGGCAAUAAUGAUCCACAGAAAAUCACCAAAGGAGCUGGGUUUUAGCCCUGACAUUGUAUCUGCGGUUGGCUAUGGAACUUCACCAUGUGUCUCCAAAGAACUUGCUGAAAACUGCUCUGGCUAUGUGUCGACAGUUGUAAUGCAGGAUGAUAUUAUACCAAGAUUGAGUAUAGCUUCCCUAACAAGGUUCAGAAAUGAAAUUGUUCAAACCGAUUGGAUGAGUGUAAUUGAGAAAGAAGAUUGGAAAGGCGUCACGGAUUUGGUUACAAAUGCAAAGCAGGUUGUGUCUUCAGUGCAAGAUGUAGCUCAAAAACUUGCUGAUUAUGCAAAUUUUAGGACAAAUAAAAGUUUAGCUGUUGCUACAGAAACUCCCAAGCCCUCUAAAGCUGCAAAGGAGAAUUCAGUUGCCACGAAAGAUGCGGAAGCUAAACCUCCAAUAAUCGAGGAGUUAUUUAUACCUGGGACUGUUUACUAUAUUAAAAGGAAUUUGGGAUCCAAAACGGACGUCGGAAAGGAUUUUUUUACCCUUUACAAGAGGGAACCUGGUGAGCAUUUCCAGAAAAUAUUCUUUUCAGGAAAUUUUAUUACAGACCACAGAUGUGAUACCCAUUAUUAUGCUUUGAGAGAUGUUCUUAAAGGUCUGCCAUGGUGUGGAGAGGAAGGUAUAUUUAAAUAACAAAUAUUGUAACUUGUUUUUAUUUUAAAUUAUAUCAUUUGAUUGUAAUGUAACUGUACAUUGUGUAGCUAAGUUUCUGUGCUUAGGGUAAGCAUUAGAGUUGUGUAUUCUGUGGGCAGGUAUUAGCAAUAGCACAGUGGGUUAGAAGUUACGCAAUUUAGGGUAAGUUAAGUACUAUAGAAAUUGUGGAUAGUUGGUUCUAUCCUCUAAAAUAACGAUGAAUUAGCCAUGUUAAAAAUGAUAUUCAAUCAUUGUUGUGUAAC